AUGUUUUCAGAGAGGACCCUCCAGCUGUUCGUUGAUGCGGUGCCUACAGCAGCACUGACGGCUUUCCUGACACUAGGCAGUCAUUGUACGGUUGUGGAGCGGGUACGGCGCCCAACUGACACCUGGAAUCCCCGGCGCGAGCUCUUUGCGCUUGGCUUGGCAAGCAUUCUGGCCGCCUUAGUCGGAGGCAUGCCUGUUAUGGCAAACCUUGCGGUUUGCCAGGCCUUGCAGGGAGCUUCGGGAAGGCUUGCUCCAUUGGGUAACGUCCUCGGACAUUUCCUGGCUUUCAUGGCUGUCUCCAGGCUGCCAGACUUUGAAAUUCCUCGAUGUGCAAUCUCUGUAAUUCUGGUCGUCGAAUUUGCCCCCUUACUUCGAAACCUUCCGGGUGAAAUCUGGCACUUGUGGCAGCAGGCAAGUGUAGCAUCUCCAAACAGCACUUUGCGCGUGCUUGUUGCCAGUGAUCUAAGUAUUUACUUGAUUGCGUUCUUGUCGCCUCUAGCGUUUGGAAUUGUCAACGGGUCGCUGAUCGCAGUGGGUAUGCAGGUUGCAGUGUCUCUUUCAAGGUUUGCAGGACCUGGAUACGUUCAGGUAGGCCGUGUACCUGGAACAUCAACCUACGACGAGAUAGGAGUGCCCGGUUCUGCUGCGGUUCCUCUUGACAAGAUCGUAAUCACCCGUCCUUUGGGCCCGCGCUGGUUCGGGAACGCAGCCGCCAACACUAGGGCUGCAAGACGCGAACGCCGCAAUCUUGACCGGGAGAUACUUGUGGCUAUCGCAGAUUGGCGUAUGGUCUCCUUUCUGGAUGAGACUGCGCUCUUGCAUUACAAGCGCACAUGGUCGGACGUUGAUGUGAAAGUGUUGGUGACUAACACAUGUGCCACUGUGCGACGGCAGAUACAGGAGUGUGGAUUGGCUGAUGUGCUGCAGCAGCCGGAGGAGACUAUGGUGGACUUGCACGCUGCGGUAUUGUGGGCGCAGGAGUACAUCAAAGAAGUCGAAUCAAGUCGCGUGGUAAUUGGUCUUGAUGCUAGACGUCGGAGUCGCGCUGGGACGGCCGAUGAGUGA